CUUUACGCAGGCAGCAUGACGACCGCCUACGCCCUCGCCCGCACCCAAGAUAAAACAGACGUCAUCGAUAUGUUUUGGGGCUCGGCUAUGAGUGUCAACGCACUCUGGCACUCUGUCGGGAGGAGAUUGUGGCAGGGCGAGGGAGGGGGUGAUAUCUGGACUGGGAUGAGUUGGAGGGAGAAGGUGAUCCUCGGAACCCUUGUUGCUUGGGGUGGGAGAUUGACGUAUAGGAUUGUCACGAGGAAUGCGGGGAAGAGGGAGGAUUCGAGGUAUACGGACGUGAAGGAGGAGAGAAAGAAGGAGAGGAAGGGAUACUGGAACUGGGCGUACCCCGCUAUCUUCCUCUCCCAAGCCGGUAUGCAAUGGCUCAUCACCAUCCCCUCCACCCUCGCUCUACACCUCUCUACACCGCAGGCCAUCACCCCGCCUUUCUCAUUCCUCGAUUUCGUGGCGAUUACGACCCUUACCACCGGCCUCGCGACCGAAAUCGUCGCAGACUACCAACUCGACACAUUCAAAUCCAAAUCCAACGCAUCCAAGGGCAAGAUCUGCAGAGAGGGCUUAUGGGACGUCGUCCGUCACCCAAACUACCUCGGCGACAUCCUCACCCACGCCGGAAUCGGACUCCUCUCAUACCUCACCGUCCCCUCCGCCGUAUCCCCGUAUCUAUCCCCGAUCUUUGCGAUUGGACCUAUUGCGAAUUAUGUCUUUUUGAGGUAUAUCGGUGGUGAUGAAGUCACGGAACAAAACCAGCUCAAACGUUAUCGGGAGGAUGCGAAUAGGACGUAUCCGGGGAUGAGUAUCGAGAAAGCGGCGACGCAUCCCGAGUUGCAGGAGGCUAAGACCAAGUUGGUCGAGUUUGAGUCGUAUAGGAAGGAGAGGAAUGCGGUUUGGCCGUCUCUUACAGGAUUGCAGGGGGGAGGGAAGUGGUGGGUUGCGGGG